AUGCCCAUCCACCGCACCCUGUACUCGCAACUUCGCGAAACUCUUUUGUCACCGAGUAUACAAAAAGUUGUCAUUCUUUCACAUUCAACCGGCUCCAAGAUCGUCUCUGAUAUUCUCGACCAGCUGCACGGCGAUCUACCAGCUAGUCUAAUGGCAAAAUUGGAGAUCUAUACUUUCGGAGCUGCAGGUGGUUCUUUCUCGAAUCCGCUGGUCAAUUCGCUAUGUAUGGAACUUGGCGCUCUUGCAGAGAAUGACAAUACUAACAUGAAAGCUUCUUAUGAACGUGUAAUACCUCAUAUCGAACAUUACCUUCCUCUUACAUCUUCGCCGCUAUCUACUAUGUCGAUUUUGCAUCCGGUCUUACAUACUCUAGACUCUCGAUUCUGCGGCAGAAUGUUCAUCUUGAAUGGGUUUCACCCAGUUUUAUUCGAGCAAUAUUUGGAUAUGAUGUUCACUUGGCGGAAAUCGGUCAAUUCGGUCGACGGGUCCGAAACCCGAGGAUUCUGGGAUGAAAUGGUCCGAGUUGAUGGAGAGACAGCUGAAAAGAGAGAAUUUACCGCGGGCGCAAGAGGCGCAGCGGGUAUGGGAAAGGGCGAGAGGAGAUGGAGUGGCAUGAUGCAGAUGGAGAAGGAGGGGAAGAGAAGACCGGGUGGUUGGAGCUGGUCGAAGAUGGGGAUGGAUGGGGUGGGAAUGGCGAGGAGGGAGGCGAAGGCUUUGGAGGGAAAGAGAAUGAGAGAGGUGGCGAGGUUGGGUGGUUAUGAAGGGGGUGAAAGAUUGAGUGUGGGCUGGUUUGAGGGAAAAGGAAUGAUGGGGUUAGAGAAGAGGAUGGCGAAUGGCGGCCGGUGA